AUGGAAACGCCUUCCUUUACCUACAUAUCCUCAGGCGAUGAUGAGAUCCUCUGCUGCAUAGAAGCCGAUGAUGACCAACAACAACAAGGAGAAGAAGAAGAUUCCUUGCUCUUGCUUUCCCUCGCCCCUCCUGGUCAACAACACAUCAGUAGAAGGAGCCACCAUUUCACUAAAACCAAUGAUCACCACAUAUUCAGCAACCCUACCACCAAUGAAACUAGUUUUCCUGGUGGUGGUGUAACAGUAGCUUUGCAUAUUAGCCUUCCUCCAUCAACCACCACCACCCCAAACCCUAACCCUAAUAACGCCUCUCCAUCUGAAUCUCCUCUUGCACAUGAGGAAGUACAGUACUGGAUCCCUUCCCCUUCCCAAAUCCUCGUCGGCCCAACUCAAUUCUCCUGUCCCGUCUGCUCCAAGUCCUUCAACCGUUACAACAACAUGCAGAUGCAUAUGUGGGGGCAUGGAUCUCAGUACCGAAAGGGCCCCGAUUCGCUUCGAGGAACGAAGCCGGCUUCCUCGAUGCUUCGUCUGCCGUGCUACUGCUGCGCCGAGGGGUGCAGGAACAACAUCGACCACCCGAGGUCGCGGCCGUUGAAGGACUUCCGGACCCUGCAGACGCACUACAAGAGGAAGCACGGCGUCAAGCCCUUCGGGUGCAGGAAGUGCGGCAAGAGCUUCGCGGUGAGAGGCGACUGGAGGACCCACGAGAAGAACUGCGGGAAGCUCUGGUUCUGCAUCUGUGGGUCGGAUUUCAAGCACAAGAGGUCAUUGAAGGACCACGUGCGUGCUUUUGGGGACGGCCACUCUCCGCAUACCGUGGAGCCCUAUGUGGAGAAUGAAGUCGAAGAUGAUGACGAUGACGAAGAAGAUUACAGUAAUGAUGAUGACGAAGAAGAUUACAGUUAUCCACGUUUGAGCAAUAAAAAUGGUGAG